AUGGCAGCUGCAACUGAACCUCCAGCAGAGGCAGAGCCAUCUAAGAAGUCCUGGCGCCGUGCAACCUCCUUCGCUCGUCUGCUCGUCUACGGCAACCCCUCAUCCAAGGAUGUAAUUAUCCUGACCAUUGGCUUUGUUGCUGCAAUCGCCUCUGGGAUUCCAUUCCCUAUCAUGUCCAUUGUCUUUGGACAGUUGGUUAAUGGGCUGAACUCCGCCACAUGUGAAGUCAACGCCGACACCGCGGCGUCCUACCAGGACGGAAUCAACUCCAAGAUUCUGUUGAUUGUAUAUGUCGGCAUAGCAUAUUUUCUGCUGAUCUAUAUCUAUACCCUGUGCUUUAAUCUCAGUGCCGAGCGACUUGCCCAGCGUCUGCGUGAAAAGUAUUUGAGUGCCAUCUUGCGCCAAGAUGCGGCCUUCUUUGACAAUCUUCCCGCCGGUGAGGUCUCUUCACGGAUAACAGGGGAGAUUUCCAUUGUGCAGCAGGGUACAAAUGAGAAAGUGGGCAUCGUGAUCAACAGUAUCUCCUUCUUCAUUGCUGCCUAUGUUGUCGCAUUCAUCAAGGACGCUAAGCUCGCCGGUAUGCUGGUCUCCCUUACCCCUGCGUAUCUCCUCAUGGCAUUGGGUGGUGGGUACUUUGUGCAGAAGUACUUUGGUCGCUCCCUCGAGAGCAUCGGAAAGGCUUCCUCCGUCGCGCUGGAGGCUUUCUCAAACAUCACCGUUGUACAUGCGUUCUCGGCAAAUGCGAGACUAGAGGAGAAGUUUAUCAAGGUCUUGAACCCAGGCCUUUCGGCUGGUAUGUGGAAGUCUAUUGCCAUGGCUGCUCAGGCUGGACUUCUAUAUUUCAUCGCAUUUUCGGCAAAUGGUCUCGCCUUCUGGCAAGGAUCUAGGCAGAUCGCUAGUGCCGUCGAGUCGGACACUGGCGGCAUCACGGUCGGAGCUACAUUCACAGUCAUCCUGAUCCUCGUAGAUGCCUCUCUUAUUCUCAGCCAGGCCGCUCCCUUCCUGCGCACCUUCGACUCCGCGGCCGUGGCUUUUGCCAAGUUGGAAGCUGACAUGGACCAUGUAUCGAGCAUUGAUGGUACUUCUGAGCACACCGGACAUGUUCUGUCGGAGGUUGUGGGAGAUAUCGAGCUGCGGAAUGUCUCAUUUACCUUUUCUUCGCGCCCAGAGAAGCCCGUGCUACAAGAUCUUUCACUCUCUUGUCCUGCUGGUCAGCAAACGGCUAUUGUGGGACUAUCCGGCAGUGGUAAAUCCACCGUCGCAGGCCUGAUUACUCGAUUCUACAACUCAACGGAAGGUGCCGUGCUUCUAGAUGGCCAUGAUGUGAAAGACUUGAAUGUGCGGUCAGUCCGUGGUGAGAUCAGUCUUGUUCAGCAGGAACCCUGCCUUCUCGAUCGAUCCAUUCUCGAAAACAUCGCUCUUGGUCUGGUGAACUCCCCUAAACACAGACAUCUGCAUUGCAUCCUUAUGACAGAUGUUCUUGUCAAUGUUGCCGAGGCUCUUCGUGGUGGUCAAAAUAUUGAAUUAGUGUCCCAAUCGCACGGGGAUCAAGUGCAAGAGAUUAUCAAACUGGUUCUUGAGGCUGCUUCUUUGGCAGAUGCAAUCGGCUUCAUCCAGAAUCUACCGGAAGGUUUUGGUACAUCGGUCGGCACAAAAGGCCAUCUCAUCAGUGGUGGCCAGAAGCAACGCAUCUCGCUCGCUCGCGCGUUGGUCAAGGAUCCACGCAUUCUCAUCCUCGACGAGGCUACUGCCUCGCUCGACUCGGCAUCAGAGCUCCGUAUUCAAAAGGCAUUGGAGCACGUGGCCGUAGGACGCACUGUCAUUACGAUUGCUCACAGACUUUCCACAAUCAAGAAAGCGGAUAAUAUCAUUGUCAUGCGCCAGGGGAAAUUGGUAGAACAAGGAACACACCAAGUACUGCUCGAGGCUGACGGAGCGUACGCCGAGCUUGUCCGUCUUCAGAAUCUCAACGUUAAUGGCAGUGAAGAAGAUUCCACCGACUCUAUCUCGGUGCUUUCAAAUUCCUCGACUCAAGGGCUCCAUGAGAAGAGUGAAGCCUUGGCUGCCUCGACUGCAACCGAUUUCCCAACAACAGGCAAGGCAGAAGGACAGGUCGUAACCAAGCACUCCACCACGGAGGGUAUUACGGGCCAGCGAGCUAUGUUAUCAACAAUCAAGUGUAUGAGUGCACUUUUCCGGCCAUAUUCUUUUCUUCUUAUCAUUGCAAUCGCUGGAGCGGUCGUUAUUGGUGGUACAUACUGCGGCUCGGCGGUGAUCUUUGGCAAUGUUGUGGGCAAACUCAGCUACUGCGAGCAACCGAGCUCUAUUCGCCAUGCCGGCGAGCUCUUCGGAUUGUUGUUUUUCAUGUUGGCCAUCAUCGAGUUCAUCGCGAAUUUCCUCAGUUGGUCUCUUUUCGGCUGGAUCGCCGAGCAGAUCAUCUACAAAGUGCGCGUUCUCACGCUGCGGUCAAUUCUAGAGCAGGAAAUGGCCUGGCAUGAGGGCGAGGACCGCAACGCUUCUAUUCUGCUUGAUUUGAUCACCAAAGAUAGCACCGCACUGGGUGGUCUAACCGGUUCCGUUGUCUGUACAAUUCUCUCCAUAUUUGUCAGUCUCAUCGCGACCAUCACCAUGACGCACAUAAUUGCCUGGAAAAUCGCGAUUGUGUGUCUUUCGGUAGUGCCGUUGCUACUAGGCGCGGGUUACAUGCGCGUUAGUACACUGGCUAGCUUUGAGGAGCAGCACCUGGAGGCUUUUGCGAACUCCAAUGCCAUCACCGUCGAAGCUGUCAACUCCAUCAAGACUGUGAUGUCUUUGUCCCUGGAGCAUGAGAUUCUCGGCAUAUACCGUCGCUCCUUGCAAGCCCCCAUGCAUCAGAUCACCAAACAAAGCGCAUGGGCAAAUCUAUGGCUAGCAGUUGGCUAUGGACUGAGCAACUUCCUCUAUGCGCUCGCCUACUGGUGGGGCUCAACCCGUAUCAUUGCCGGCGAGUACACCCAAACGCAGUUCUUCAUUGUCCAACUUGCUCUGCUAGUGAGCUCUCAGCUAUGGGGGCAGGCAUUUGCCCUUGCACCAGAUGUUUCGCGUGCUUUCCAAGCUACGCGUCGCUUGUUAGAUGUGCUCGAUCUGGGCUCUUUCAAGAAGCUUUCCUCUGCUCUCACGCCGAUGGGGGAUAUUGAAGCCACUCCCAAGCUAAGUGGGAAGUCCCAGUCGAUGGAUGUUGACGGCACCAGUGUCGCUUUCAAAGAAGUGACCUUUUCCUACCCGGCACGACCAGACACUCGUAUUUUACACGGACUGGAUCUGAACAUCCAGAGUGGACAAUUCGCCGCGCUGGUGGGACCCAGUGGUGCCGGCAAGUCCACCAUCAUCUCUCUCGUGGAGCGCUUAUAUAGACCGGAGUCGGGUAAGGUCGAAAUUGGAGGGCGCGACAUCGGGUAUGGAGAUGACUCAUUCCGCCAUGAUAUCGCAUACGUUCCACAACAGAGCGUCAUGUUUGACGGCACAGUCCGCUUCAACUUGACCCUCGGCGCACGACCCGGUCAGUCAGUGUCCCAUGAGGAGCUCGAGGAAGCCUGCAAGCUGGCCAACAUCCACGACACAAUCAUGCAGCUGCCCGAUGGAUAUGACUCGGAAUGUGGACCCAACGGGGACCGCCUUUCUGGAGGCCAAAAACAGAGGUUGGCGAUUGCACGGGCACUCGUCCGAAAGCCGAAGCUCUUACUUCUAGACGAGUCGACGAGUGCCCUUGAUGCGGAGUCGGAGCGAUUGCUACAAGAUGGCUUGGAGAAAGCGACAAAGAAUAUGACAGUCAUUGCCAUUGCGCAUCGACUUUAUACCAUUCGCAGGGCAGACGUCAUCUUUUUGAUUGAAAAUGGACGCUGUGUUGAUCAGGGAACUCAUGCGCAGUUGGUGGAUCGCAAUGAGAGCUAUCGGGUAAAUGCGCUUAAUCAAGCGGUUGGUCAGUGA